AUGGCAAGGAGGGGAAGGAGUGAUGGGGGACAAGGUCGGAUGCUGGGUAUAGACAGAGUCUCAAGAAGAAGAGGAUUGGGAUAUGAAUCCGAGAGAAGAGUGCAAACACUUGCGCACACCAACCAAGGAUCCAGUGAAGAAAACGUAAGAAGAAACAACAAUCUGUUUGGACAUGAUCAAGAGAUACCACCAGAAGAAAACUUUCCACCAAACCGUACUGUAAGGGGAAGAUCAGAAACAUGUGAUAGCGAGUCAAGUGUCCAAGGACCUAGACCAGUGAGGCGGAACAACCCGAUUGAACCAGAAGUUCAUGAUCAACCACAACAAGGAGUAGGAAUGGAGCAUACUCUGAAGAUGUUUCAUGACGUGAUAGCGAGGUCACUGCAACAACCUCAGGUGCAACCUCAGCCACUUAUGCCACCACAACUUGCAGUGGCUACACCGAUGUUACCGUUGAAAACUGCCAUCAAGAAUAUGAAGACACCAUAUUUUGAAGGCGGGACAUAUCCAUUUCAAGUCGACCAGUGGCUUCGAACUAUGGAGAAAAACUUUGAGACCCUGACGUGUUCUGAAGAGUCUAAGAAGAAAAUGACAGUAUAUUACUUAGACAAAGACGCAGCAGAAUGGGGGGAGAGUAAGGAUCGCCAAGUGGGACAUCUGGUCACCACUUGGGCGGCAUUCAAACAAGAAUUUGAACACAAGUACUUCACUCCUGAAUCCAAGCGAAGGCUCCAACGCCAGUUUGCAAACUUGGUACAAGAGUUGGAAAAUAGACUGGUAGUCGGGAACUACGAGAGUCUCACCGAGCUAGUGGAAAAGGCUAUGAAUGUGGAGAUCGGAUUGGAAGCUGAGAAGGCGGCAAGUAAGAAAUUCAAGCAGCAUCAAGAAGGAAAGUAUGGUGGAAACCAAAGAUCUUUUAUGGGCAAAGAUAAGGAAAAAGAAUCGGGAGGGCCAAGUCGACGAUUUCUGUUCACAGGAAAAUGCUUUAACUAUGGCAAGACAGGCCAUAAGUCAAGUGAAUGCUUCGGGAAGAAACCUGGAUCCUUUCAGUCAAACUCAUACAAUCCUACAUGCUACACGUGUGGAAAGAAAGGACACAUCUCUACCCAGUGCAGUGUCAAUCGUCCUACCCCAGCUACGCCAAUCACUGUCCAUCCUCCUCUAGCUCCACCUGCAAUCGCACCAGCACCAAAAAGGCAAGCUAUAGGAGGUAAAGUUUACGCUUUGGAGCUAGAGGAUACUAAACCUCCAGGCCCAUCUAAGGGUUCCAUCACAGGAGCCUUACAUGUUGCGGGGCGUCCCACACAUGUAUUGUUCGACUCGGGGGCAACACAUAGCUUUGUGGCCCCUGAGGUAGCUGCCGAGUUUGUGGGUUCAUUUGUGAUUGACAGGAUGGAUGUGGCUGUGAUGACUCCCGGAGACCAAACCCUCCAAGCAAAAGAAUGCCUCAGAAGAGUUCCGUUAGUCAUUUGCAAGAAGAUGUUAUUGGCAGAUUUGUUGGUGGUGCCCUUAAAGGGAUAUGAGGAUAUCCUGGGCAUGGAUUGGUUAUCAGGCUAUCGGGCACAAUCAGAUUGUGGAACAGGUUGUAUUUUGUUCAAGGAUAACGGGCAACGACAAAUAGUGUUUUACGGGAUCAGUCCAAGCAAGUCUGUGUCUUUAGUAGUUGCCUUGAGAGUGGAAGAUUUGCUUAAGGAUGGAGAAGCGUAUCUGGUAACAGUAACUGCUAGUGAAGGACCCGCUAGCAUUGGAGUUGAAAUUACGGAUAUUGCGAUCGACUUGGCGUCGGUCUAUCAUCAGAUUCCAAUUUCAGAAGGUGAUGUCAUUAAGACUGCGUUUAGAACUCGUUAUGGACAAUACGAGUUUGUAGUAAUGCCUUUUGUCCUUACUAACGUACUGGCGGCCUUCAUGAGAUUGAUGAUUGAAGUCUUCCAUGACUAUCUCGAAAAGUUCGUGAUAAUCUUCAUCGAUGACAUUUUAAUAUAUUCCAAGACAGAGGUAGAGCACAAAGCACACUUGAAGCUAGUGUUGGAACGGUUAAGACACCAGAAGCUGUAUGCCAAGUUCAGCAAAUGUUCUUUAUGGAAAAGAGAGAUCGGGUUCUUGGGGCACCAUGCUUCUAGGGUUGGGUUGGGUUGUGUGUUGAUCCAGGAAGGCAAAGUAAUUGCUUAUGCAUCAAGGCAACUCAGGAAGCAUGAAGAGAACUACCCAACACAUGAUUUAGAAAUGGCGGCAGUGGUGUUUGCAUUAAGGAUUUGGAGAUCCUACUUAUAUGGAGAAGUCGUGGAAGUAUUCACAGAUCAUAAGAGUCUCAAGUAUUUGUUUACACAACCUGAUCUGAAAAUCCGACAAAGGCGAUGGAUGGAGUUUAUGGCAGAUUACGACCUGAAGAUUCAAUAUCAUCCAUGCAAAGCUAAUGUUGUCGCAGAUGCACUAAGUCGUAGAAAGUUAGCAUCCGAUGUUGGAAAGGAAGUGGAAGCACUAUCAAGUGAACUCAAGUUGAUGACUCUAUGGGCAAUUGAAGGGGACCCAAGUGAGCCUUUAGGCAUACGUACCAUAAACCAGGCAGGGCUACGAGAUGAGAUUUUGAAGUCGGCAUAUCACUCGUUACUCAGUAUCCAUCCCGGGAGUACGAAAAUGUACCGAGAUAUCCGAAGGUAUUAUCAUUGGCCAGGAAUGAAGAAAUCAAUGGCGCCAUGGGUGGCUCUUGGUCAAACUUGUCAACAAGUCAAAGUCGAGCAUCAGAUUCCAGGAGGGUUGUUACAAAGCUUACCAGUACCUCAGUGGAAAUGGGAUUCCAUAUCCAUGGAUUUCAUCACUGGGUUACCCCCGGCUCGAGGACAUUCAAAUAAUGCAAUAUGGGUGAUUGUCGACAGACUGACGAAGGUGGUGCACUUGUUACCCAUGAAGGAAACGAAUAAGGUAGAAGUAUUGGAAGAGAUGUAUGUGGACCAAAUUGUGAGGUUGCAUGGUGUGCCAACAGAUAUAGUCUCCGAUCGAGAUCCUAGAUUCACCUCAAAUUUUUGGAAGGCGUUACAAGAAGCAGUGGGAACUAAGUUAUUCAUAAGCACCGUGUAUCAUCCCGAGACGGACGGCCAAACCAAAAGAACCAUUCGCACUAUAGAAGAUAUGAUUCGAAUGUGUAUAUUGGAUUGGGCGGGAAACUGGGAAAAACAU